AGUAUUCCUAGAUACCUUAAAUGCCACAUGGAGCUUAUGUAGUUCAUUACGGACCAGUGGCCGCAAUAUGGGCCCUGGUUACCGUAAUAUCCAGUCAUUCCGGGGCCAUUGUGUUACCAGCGCCAAAUCACAUGAAUCAUGUUUUCCAACCUGCAGACACGCUGGCAUUUAAUUCAUUUGAAUUGGCAAAGAUUUUCGGUCGUUUAACAGAUCAAUCGCCCAUAGGCAGCGUUCUGGCCACUCCCACCUGUAGCAACCUAGACGCCAAUGUGCAAAAACGCCGCAAAUGGCAUGGCAUUUUCGAACGUGAAGACGAGGAAAUUGAUAGCAACCAGUUCCGUAGCCGGCUUGCAGCAACUAAGCUCGUUUGGCCAACCUACUACGUCGCCAACCGGCAGACUCCCUACUUGGUACCAGAUAAACAACGCCACAAAUUCAAGUUAAAGGGAUACCUGGGUCACGUAGUGCCCACUGAUCUGCAAAAAACAAACGUCCCAAAGGAAGGCGACCCCCGUGAUCAGAAAGUUGUUAACAUUGGCAGCCAGCCACUCGAUAAAGCGGCUGCUGAUACGGUCUUCAAGGCACUAAGUCAUAAAGAUGGCAAAUUGACGAUUAACCAUAUAUUGGCAUUCAUCAAAUACCACUCCCCGUUGCUAGAAAUGGUCAACUGGGAGACUUUCAUCGCAUCUCUACCAGUGGGUCCAGAUGAUAUACCCGUAUAGACGUCAUAUAAUCUCUAUCUCAACCGUCUGGCCACAAACAGUGCAUUGAUGCAUAUUUUCAAGACCCUUCACAAAGACACUUUUCUAUACGCUUUUUGCGUGUCUUUUUUGUAGUUUUAUCUGGAAGCUUCCGGGGAGCCGUUUCCACCCGCUUGUGUUGGCUUAAAGCUUGUAAUUCAGAUGUCUUGUACAAACGCAUUGGCAAUCUGUACCCCCGCGGGUUUUUAACCAGACGUACAGUCAGCGGGACCCGCGGAUAGCGUACACAUUUUAUAUCGGCAACAUUGGAUUGCGAUGUGUCGUCUUUAUUGGUCCGAGGCGCUCAACCCGAACAGCUCACGAGCUCUGCUCUGCGAUACCCACUCACCUUUCAUUAGGAAACCUGUUUCCUAGCCAUCUACACAACCCUGGAUCUGUAUUGAUCAUAUUGAGGAUUGUUCCUAGAUGUGUAGUCCCCUUGCAUGAUGUCUUCCAACCCAAGUGAGUUGGGUAAGGGACUACACAACUAGUACAUCUUGGGUCUAUUAUUCUGUUGGUAACUAUAUCCCAGAGCGGUCAAACAGAAAAGUUAUAAUCGCAGUGGCUAUUAACACUCUAGUGUUGAAUCUAAACAUCUAAGGGAGUUCCCCG